AUGAAAUUUAUUCGUUUUCGAUCAUCAGCAAAAUUUCACUUUGCAAAAAACAAACUUUUUCGGACUCAUUCAAUUCAAACAUGCAUUUUAAUGGGUACAGGAGAUGCAAUAGCUCAAACGGUAGUUGAGAAAACAGAUUACAAUCAAUUUGAUUUUCGUCGAACACUGAAAUUUGCGUUUGUAGGAUUAAUAUUUGUUGGUCCAGUUCUUACAACGUGGUAUACAUUUCUGAAUACAACACUACCACACAGUCGUAAAUUGUAUAGUACAGCAGCUUUAACGAAAGUUGCCCUCGACCAAUUGGUUUUUGCUCCAGUCUUUUUACCAGCCUGUGUUACUGCUGUGCACGUCAUGAAUGGCAGACCACUGAAAAAUAUUAGGAACGAGCUAAGACUUAAAUACAGGGAUAUUUUAUUAAUGAACUACAAAAUUUGGCCUGCAGUUCAGAUUAUGAAUUUCGGAAUAGUACCAAUAAAAUAUCAAGUGAUUUUAAUUCAAACUGUAGGUAUAUUAUGGAAUACCUAUUUGUCUUAUAAGGUACAGUUAAAUCAUUCGGGCGAAAAAAUGUGA